UUUUUGGGAAAUCAUCAUAAGUUUGCCAACGUUGGCUCUUGCAGUACAAGCAUCCAGUGUAGUUGCAGUUGAAACAUUUAAAUAUGUGGAAGAAAAUAGCUUUGUUAGCCAUUUUGGCUUCAGUGAAGUGUAACCCAGUGCAGGAAAAUGGUGUUGCGGAAAAUUUAGUGGGUGCUGUCAAAGAGUGCAUUGAAACGGAUACCUCGUUAUGCCUGAAGGAAAAAGCCCUGAAAUUCACCGAAAGGCUGUCCAUCCUGAAAGACUUGGACAUCUUCGAGGGUAUCAGCCUGGUGAACACUGGAUCAGCCCGGUCAGCUCGUAGCUACGAGCCUUUGGCUGAGGAGCCUAAAGCCAGGGAACUCCAGAUCGACGAGAGAAUCGCUGACAACGUUGGAGACUUCUUAGAAAACCACGUACUGCAGUUGCGUCUGUCUUCCCCUGAUGAAGAAUCCCGUGGUCUUGAUGAGGAAGCCCGUGGCAAGAAGAAGAAGAAGAUCAAGAAGCUGUUGCCCCUCCUCCUCCUCCUCAAGCUUAAGAUGGCCGCCCUCAUCCCUCUGUUCCUCGGAAUCAUCGCUUUCGUCGCUGUCAAGGCUGUCUUCUUGGGCAAGAUCGCUUUCGCCAUGAGCGCCUUCAGUCUGAUCAGGAAACUCUUGGCCAAGAAGGGAGGAUCUUCUGGCGGUGCCUCGUAUGCUGCUCCUCAGCAUCAUGAUGACCAUGGCGGAUACUCCUACGAGCCUGCCAACCAAGGCUGGAGCAGGUCGAUGGACGGUGCCUCAAUGGCGUACGCCGGACAAAUCAACAACUGAACUGAUAUAGAAUGAAUGUGUAUUUAUUUGUGUGAAUGUGUGCUAUUUAUUCAUGAUUGUUGAAGCCAUGUACAAGUACCUCAGUCUUAAUUUAUUUAUUUAAAUAAAUAUUUAUGUUCAAUUUUA